CCCCCAAAUCAUCUACCUUCUUCCACUGAAACUUACCGCAAACCCCAAACCCUAACUCCUUUAACAAUGGUGGCAAGGAAGUUGUUUGAAUCCACCAUCCAUGAGACACUAUCUUGGUUUUGGGCUUUGUUAUGCAUUAUGGCCAUGAUGGGUGUGUUGCUAAUGGGCAUGGCCAAGUCUCUUGGGUCUUCAGCGUCGGCUUCUAGGCUUAGAGCUAGUAGAUGGGAGAAAGGGAAGGGAAAGGUUACCGAGGGCAGCAACGAGGAGGAGCCCCUAGGCAAGAAAGCGGCGUAG